ACUGAAAAUAUUAAAUUUAUAGAACUACUAGUAAGAUGAACAGAAAACUAGAGAAUUACUGGAAUGACGCCCCAAUAAACUCAGAAGAAUGGACCAGACAAAAAGCUCACAAUGAUAUAUAUCAGAAAUACAGGAAGGAAGCAAUGCUUCAGAAAUAACAAAUAUAAGGACAUAGACCGGAUUAGGAAGAUAAACAGGUCAGAGCAUGAAGUGCAUCUUAAUAGUAAACUAGAUCCUCGAAAUGAUCACUAUUUCAACCAUAAUUAUUAUGACUCUAAACAGAAGUUUUUAAUGCAGAAGUACCAAAACCUGUCCCAACAUGGAAGAAAUAGCAGGUACAACUCCUCUGAUGGGCCAAGGAAGAAAUACAUCAUUCAGGACUUGAAGAUGUCCCCUCCUAAUAUGCCAAUUAAGUUCUCUCCGAAUCUUCCUCCCAGGAGACCUCUCUUAAACAAACAGAAUAAGAUACUGGAUAAUUUGGAACCUUCACAGGAGGUGGAUGUUUCGAAAUCAAUUUCACCAUUGCAAGAGAAAGGAGAUACGAAAUUUUUCGAUUCUCAAGAAGCUUCGCAUAACUUAAAUUCGGUGUUCCUCGCUGACUCCUACAGGAAGCGGAAUAACCUCAGUCAUAGCCGCAGGCUGCAGGUUCAAGACUCGAAUCAAAUACAAGUGAGGCCCAUAAGUCUGAAGAUUAAGAAGGAAAAGAUCAAAAAAUAUUCGGCCAAGAAGGACUUAAAGCUUUCUCCGAUGGAGUACCACCAGUUUUGAGCUGAGAACAUCACCAUUGAGAAAUCAGAGGCAGGAUCUGACCACAAGUCUUCAAUGUCGAAUCAGAAAACUGUAAAUGUACAAAGCAGAGUGGAUGGAGAGUCUUUCCUGACCAGCCAGACUAAGUUUGGGGAAGAUCCAUCAACUAAGAGGUCGCAAGCUAAACCUACCAAAUCCCUUUUUGCUGAUGUAGACUCUACUAACAUGAAACCAAUGAUAAAUGAUAAAAAAUCUCCCAGCAUGAAGAGGAAGAAGAGGAUAAGGGUCAUCACGAAAAAUAAAAAUUUGAAGAAGAUCCCUAAGAAGCCACACAAGGAAUCUAACUCGACGAAGACUAUUCCUCAGUUCAUUCACCAUGACCCUCAUACUAUGAGGAAAAAUUCCAGAGAGGAGGCCAGGCUAGCUCGUAGCACUUUCAAUAUCCCCACUGAGCCUGAAGUCCCAAUGAAACAAACACGUAAUGUUUUGAGGCAAAAGAAGAAUUCUGAGCUGGCUUCACCAACUGAUCAGACCAAAACCGAAAAUAGUGUUUCUGAUGAAGAGAAGCAGGAAGUCCCAAAACUUCAAGAGGUCCUAAAAGAGCCAUCAAACGAGUCUAUUCAGGUAGAAGAGAGUCCAAAAGUCAAGCUAGGACUCAAGGAUACUUACCAAGUAGACCAGGAUAAGACCUUAACACAGGAGCUUUUAGAGGAUUUUGAGAGGCUUGAACUUCAAUAUAAGCUUAAGGAGAACUGGCUUGAUGCUACAGAUGAAGUUAAGAAGCCAUUUCCAGCUGAUUUUUCUCUGAUUUAUACCACAGAGAGGGAAGAGCAGGUCAAAAAAGACCAAGUUCAUGAUGAAUAGUAAUUUAGACUAUCACUUAUUUUGAAUAUUUCAAUUCGUAAUA